UUCACAUGGCGGGAAGCAUCAGCUGUUACUGUUUAUGUUUGAAGUGUGAGUUGGAGCCACUGAGUAUUGGUCGUCGCCUCUCAACCAACAAGAUUUCCUGAGGUUUAGAGAUCGAAUUUUGUACUCAAAAUGGACGAUUUUCCUAAUCCAGAUGAUGAAUACGAGAUGCUACAUGCCGACGAGAUGGAGCUCUUGCAGGAAAUGAACGAUUUUGAUGAAGAAGAGGCAUCAAUACAAGCAGCAAGUAUUCCUCCAAGUAUCAAACGCUGUCUGAAAUUUGAAAGUCCGUCUGUAACCAAAGUGGCAACUAAGUCCAGUUUCUCUUCAGAUAGUAGUGUAAUUGAAACCACCUUGCCAGAGGAGAUCCAAAGUGGAACUACUAGUGUUCAUAAGAGACUGUUGGAUGAUCUACGCGAAGAUGACUUGGACCUGUACUUGAAUGAAGAUGCGGCAGAAAACAGAAAGAAAAGGCGCAAACUACCGAUUCCUCUUGUUGGUAUAGGCACCAGAGACUCAACCUUAGAAUUGGAGGCACAUGAAGCAGACUUAUCCCUGAUUGAACGUAUUACAGAAAUACGCAAAAGUCUCCACGUCAGCGAGUUCCAAGAGUCUGCACCAUCAACUGCAGAUGAAAAAUGGGCUCGACAUGCUGCACAUAUUCAUCGACACAUACCAGAUGGGGCCUUCCAGGCCAUCACAACUGAGACUGGUGAGCGUUUUUACCUAAAUAAGAUAGAAGAUGAAGAAUGGGACAGGCAAGUGACCUCUUUAGCUGCAGUUCAGAAGUCGGCUCGUUUUCUCAACAUACCGUACUCUGUGCUGAGAGCACGAGCAGAAAAUGAGCAAAUUCGACAAGAUGCCAGACGAGCUGCACAGAUGCAAGAAGCUGAGGAUUCUGGCAUGGAGUCUGGUGUGGAGGACGAGGAUGACACAAACAAGGAGUCACUCUGGGUGGAGAAGUUUAAACCUAAGCAUUAUUUUGACUUGCUCAGUGAUGAGUCUACAAAUCGUACAGUACUUCACUGGAUGAAACUUUGGGAUAAACUUGUUUUUGGGAUUGAUAAAAAGCCUAAAAAGAAAGAAGAGAAGAAAAAAGACUUUCCAGAUAAGCCCUUCAACAAAUUUCCAAAGAAAACUGGCACAGAAGUUGUAGAUGAAUUGGAUGAAAAAAACCGUCCACAACAAAAGGUUAUUCUUCUAUGUGGACCACCAGGAUUGGGAAAGACCACAUUGGCGCACAUAAUUGCCUGUCAUGCGGGCUAUAACGUGGUUGAAAUGAAUGCCAGUGAUGACAGAUCAGUCGACACGUUUCGAACUAACCUAGAAAAUGCAACAUCCAUGAAAUCGGUAUUGGGUCCUGCCCCACGACCCAACUGUCUAAUCAUAGAUGAGAUUGAUGGUGCUCCAGCUCCUUCCAUCAACCUUCUGAUCAACAUGCUCAAUGGGAAAGAGACUGGUGGGAAAGGAAAGAAGGGAAAGAAGAAGGAAGGGCCAGUAUUUUUACAGAGGCCUGUGAUUUGUAUUUGUAAUGAACUUUACACUCCAGCUCUACGACCUCUACGUCAGAUGGCUCUUGUCAUCCAGUUUCCACCAACUCCAACUUCACGGCUGGCACACAGGCUUCUUGAAAUUAGCAGGAAGCGACAAUUAAAAGCUGACCUGACGGUCCUCAUGGCGCUCUGUGAUAAAACGGAGAAUGAUAUCCGAUCUUGUCUCUCUGUUCUGCAAUUUGUCAGGAGUACAAAGAAAUCCCUGAGUCUGAAGGACAUUGAUGGUGCUUCUGUCGGACAGAAAGACUAUCAGCGCUCUCUGUUUAAUGUCUGGCAUCAAAUAUUCUCUAUACCAAGACCUAAACGAAAGAGACGGGCAAACCCGCAUGAGCUCCAGCAUAAUGAUGGCGUUCUCAUAGCCAUGCCAGAAAUAAAUGAAGACAUUGAAAAUUUUGGUGAGCAAACAUCUACGGCUUUUCGUUUUCAGAAUAUAUUGAAGACGACUCAGUCAUGUGGAGAGUAUGACAGACUCACACAAGGAUGGUUUGAGAACUUUCCCAGCAUCAAAUUUAAGCACACAAAUAUGGAUCCUGUUUCCAUGGGACUUGAAUGGGCAACCUUUACAGACUUAAUGCAGAAGGAAAUCAUGCACAGUCAGUCAUGGACAAUGAUGGCCUUUCUGCCAUAUGCCUGUGUGUCAUACCACCUUCUCUUUGCUUCUCACCACUGGCCUAAAAUACAGUAUCCGAAUCAAAUGCACGAGACAAAUCAGAAAUUGUUGAAGAACAAGAAUUUGCAGACAGCCAUGGUAAAUGAAAUGAGUCCACUAACACGGGUGUUUGCGGGAGGAAGUUCACUAGUGCAAGAUAUUCUGCCCCAUCUGCUCUACAUCAUUCAGCCUACUCUACGUCCAGUGAAUACUCAGCUGUACAGUAAACAAGAAAAGGAAGACUUGGCUGGACUGAUCAAUACCAUGAUAAGUUACAACUUAACCUACACUCAAGAAAGAAGCUUAGAUGGGCAGUACUCCUUCAUCUUGGAUCCGAAUAUGGAAGAUGUUGUUCGUUUCCCUGAUCUUAAGCCGUCGAAGCAACUUUCUUAUCCUAUUCGGCAAUUAAUUUCCCGGGAAAUUGAAUUGGAGAAAGUACGCAGGGCCGAAACAUACUUUGUUAAUCAAAAGCUGAAUGAAGAGGCCAGAUUUAGUGCAAAGCGUCAUGCAAUAGAAAAGCAGAUUUCAAGCAAAAAAUCAACUAAGGACCUCUCGGAGGCCAACACCGCUUCCAAAAGCUCGGUGCCAAAUCAUCUUCAGAAAUUGCAACCUAAGCCUAUAACUGAAACUUUUUCCAUAAAGGGAAGCUGCAAGACGUCUUCUGGAGAAGCUGUACAGGCUCCGAAGGACUUUUUUGGCAGAAUAAUUAGUCGGCCUGUUGACCAGCAGAUAAAAGAUUCCACCAAUGAGAUCGUCAAGAGCGACAUUUGGUUCCGUUUCAAGGAGGGCUAUAGUAAUGCUGUUAGAAAACCCAUCAAGAUGAGCGACUUGGCUUGAAGUUUCAUCGAGUUAUUAAGCAAAAAGUGUUCGAAUCCAUUUAAUGUAAUUUUUGAAAAUUGAAGUUUAAAUAUAUUUUUUAAUUAUGUAAGCAAAUUUUAUAAAAAAAUAUUUAAGUC